GCAAGAAUAUUUAUUUUCAUUAUUUUCAUUAUCAAACACAUGCACUCAGCAAAAAAUGAAAAAUGCAAUGCCUGUGGCGGUUACCGAUUUUCCGUUAAUGACGGAUUCAAAUAUUGCGAUAGAUGUGGCGCUUUAUUUGAGAAUUUUGAAGAGCUUGAGGAAGAAGAAGGAGGAUUACAACAGACCGUUGGACAAGGAAAAGUGAAAGUUCGAAAAAAUGAUGAUCAAAAACGAGUUCGAAAUAAUGCAGCACCAGUAAAUCUUCCAAAAGCACAAGUGAUGCGGGAAGCUCUCGAAAAACGAAGCGAUUUCUUGCAACAACAGGCAAUUAAAGGAGAAGAACUCGAGCUACCACAUGACGCGACACCCGACUACUUAUACCGGCUGGCACUCCGACUGUUCUCUUUCACUCAAAUUCUCGCGAAAUCCGGACACAUUCUGGUCCACGAGCUCAAUUUCGAAUCACGGGUUCAGGAAAAUAUUCUCGCCACUUUUCAAAAAUACCUGGCGCACUGUCAAGUAGCAUUUUGCCAUUCUGAACAAUGCGGCAAUGACGAGCAUCUUCGAUUUGUAGCAGUCAUGGAAAAUCUUCGAUACGAACAAGAAGAGCGAGAAGAAAAGCAACGAAAAAGAAUGGCGAAGCGUGGAAAAGGAGUAAAUGCUUUGAGCAAGUCUGCAGCAGCAUGGACCCUUUUAACCCAGGGUAAUAUCACUGAACACUUGGACAUAGCUUCUGAUGAAGACGGAGAUCAAGAUGCUCAAGGAGGGCAGCAACUUGAUGACUUAACGUUAGAAACCACACAGAAUCCAGAUGAAUCAAUCCGUGUGAACGAUACUACAAUGGGAUUUGUCCGAAAAGUGACGACGGCACUUUCUAAAGAAGCAUUACGUCGCGCGAGUCAACUGAUUUUAAAUUUAGAAAUGCUUGUCGCAAUCCUCCAUUCGGCGUUGAUGUCUUCAGGCUAUCAGACUAUUCUAACAUCUGACGUUGUUAGGUGGAUUCGAGAAGACCGUUUUCGAAUUUCUCGUCGAUCUAUCCGCCUGAUCCGUCAAAGUCAGCCGGAACGAAUGAAACAAGGAGAGGUGGUGAAGCCGACGAUUGUCGAUUACGCCGAGCCAUUUCUACGUUUUCCGCUCUACGAAAUCAUGCGAACUUGUACGAUCUUUCAUCAAUCACUCAAAUUGGCAAGCAGCAUGGCUCCGCAAAGCUUUGAAAGUAUGUCCGCUCGUCUCGUGGAUAAUCUGAAUCUUCCUUCAGACAUUCUCAGUCGAAUGCUUAUACUGGAAUCUAUAAUUCCAUGUGAUGUGAGCCCACAGCUUCUGAAACAAGUCGACGUGGAUAUGGGAUAUAAUUGUGGACAACUAGCGGCAAUGUCUCCGAAUGUUUAUUAUUCGGGAUUUCUAACAAGUUUCGGAAGAAAGGAACGAGGCACACAGGAUGCCGAUUUUUGUGACGAAGUAUUACUGUCUCCAGAUGCAAAACUCAUUGCUUAUCUUCUUUUAACUCUUCGUUUAACAUUUCAACUCGAUAAUGCUCAAUGUGCUCUGCAGGAUGAUCAAUAUUUUGAUGUCGAUUCAUGGAUUCAUCAAUUAGAAAUGCGAAUCAAGUGCUGGCAAGGGCACAAUAUGAGUCUUGUAAUGAGAAGCUCAUCGCAUGUUCCAGAAAUGGUUGUGGAUCCGCCAUUUGGAACGAAUUAUUUAUUUCACCAAGAAAAAGGAGCACCGCAAGUAUCAUGUCGCCGCCGCCAAGCUGGUUUCCAGAAGUGUAUACCAACAGAAAUGUCAUUCAACUCGACUUCCACACUUCCUACUGUAUUUGAUGUUCGUCAUAUGGGAUUGUUGACUGAAAGAUGCCAAAUGGAAGCACUUAUUUCGCCCGUUAAAUUUCAGAGGACUGUAUUGGGAAAUGAAAUUGAAAGGGAUCCGUUAACAUUUGAAAAUGUUGAUCGACAAUCUAAAAACACGUUUUUCAAACAUUUUUCGGCUUUCAAGACGACGGAAAGCUGCGACACAUUCGAAGAAUACUUCCCAUGUGCCAAGAAUUAUUUGCUCUUCAAACGACCUGACUGGAUUCAGAACUGCACGGCACGGCAAACUCAUUUCAAUCCAGUAACCGGACCAAUAAGAUUCUACUUGAGCAAUCAAUCGUGUGAUGAUCUACUCGGAACUGCCGCUACAUCAUUCUCUCGUCGAUUUCAAUUUCUUCUCGAUGCCCUCUCACUGAUAAUUGGUGAAGACAAGAAAGCUGUUUAUGCAGCAUUUGUGAUGCUUGAAAUGCAUCUAACGUCUUCUGAGCGUAUUCAGUCGAUUCGCGACGAUUUGCUCACGUCGUCUCCAAUCACUUUGAAGUGUCAAAAAUUUCGAAAUUCAACUCAUCAUAUUCCGCGAAAAUACGGUGUCAUUUCGGAAGUUCCUAUUGAUCGGAUCGAAAAUUUGCGAUACUUCAGAUUAUCUCGACAGUUUUUCGAACACGAGGAAAUGCCGACUACUAUCAAUAUGGAGCUUAUCGACUAUCGUAAUCAAGAGAUUCGGGAUUCCGUCACCGAGACAGAAGUCCAACGCGCUCAAAACAGAAUCAUGAAAUUGUGUUACGAGUUUGAGCAGUUUUUUGGUAUUUUAGCUGUUAAAUUUUGGUGAUCUCAAUGCUGUUAUUUUUAUUGUUGAUUGUUGAUUGUUGAUAUUUUCUGUUGCAUUUUUAAUUUUGAAGAACUUAUUUUAUUCUUG